AAGGAUUUGUGUAACUUUAAUGUGAUGAUGUGAUUUAAAGUGUAAACACAGUGUCUGAGACAUGAAGAGAGGUAAAUCUACACACACUGACGCACCAUGACCAACUUUUCCUACAUCUGCACCGUGUGGAUCAGCGUCUGUGUGUACCUCCUCUCUGCAGAACCUGAGAUCAGUGUAUCUGGCCCAGUGGGUUCUACAGCUGUCCUGCCGUGUCAACUGACGAGUGUAGACACUGACAGACCGUAUAUUAGAUGGAACAUGAAAUCUGAGAUUGUGUUUGAGCGACUGAGUGAGAGGUCGUAUCAGGGUGAGGGAUAUGAGGGUCGUGUGGACGUUCCUGUGGAGGAGCUGCGUAAGGGGAACUGUUCACUGGUGUUACACAAUCUGACAUUUACUGAUACAGGAGUCUACACCAGCUACCAGACAGUGAGACGCACCAAGAGAUCUGUCCGUGUUAGGAGAGGAACAGUCCUGAUCAACAGUGUUAAUCUCUCAGUCUAUGUUCCCCCUCUUAAAGAAACAGACGUUGGUAUUUCAGCAGCUCCCACAGGUGAGUCAGUAUCUACCUUCCCCUUAUUUUCAUCACUAAUCAAUAAUUAACAGUC